GGAGGCAGACAGAGAGGAAAGAUGGGCCUAAUCAGAGGGAUUCAGAUGUUUUUAUUUGUGUUUGUGCUGUUUACAGUAACUGAAGAACACAUCCCCUCCUUCACUGUUGAAAAAGGGGAUGAAGUGACUCUACCUUGUGCAAAUGUGACAGAAAACCAGCAGAACUGUGUCAACACUUCUUGGUUUGUCAGAGAGUGGCCUGGUAGAGAAAUGGAGCUGCUUACACAGGGGAAUAUGAGCAGAAAAACAAAUUCAAUAUCUGACAGGUCCAGUGUCACAGCGGACUGUUCUCUGGUGAUAACAGAGGUCAAAAGAGGGGACGCUGGUCAUUACACCUGCAGACAGUUCAAACCAGGAGAACAUUAUCAAGAUGCUCAUGUUUCUCUGUCUGGUAUACAUAUUGAGAGAUGGUGGAGCUUUGAGGAGGUGAAAUUUGUGUGCAAUGUCGAAACAUAUGACGGUUGUUGGCACUCACUGAAGUGGCUGUAUAAUGGCAGUAUGACUGAUCCGACGACACCGUCAGACUCCUGUUCAGCUAAGAUAACCUUUCCAAUCUCAUAUUUAAAGCAGAAGUCAGAUGUUGAUGAGCUGCUGUAUUGUAAUGUGACAGACAAACGGAGUGGAGAAACCCUGCUGUGUGACGUCAAAUUUCCAUCUUCAUGCAGGAAACCAGGAAGUCCAUCAUCAGGGAGAAAUCAAACAGCAGAAGAGGACUCUCCAAUCAACAAAGCAGUAACUGAAGAACACGUUCCCUCCUUCACUGUCGAAUAUGGGGAUGAAGUGAUUCUACCUUGUGGAAAUGUGACAGAAAACCAGCAGAACUGUGACAGCAUUUCUUGGUUCAUCAGAGAGUGGCCUUAUAGCUCAUUGAAGCUGCUUACACAGGGGAACAAAAUUGAAGGGAAGAACUCAAAAUCAGACAGGUUUAGAGUCACAGUGAACUGUUCUCUGGUCAUAACGAAGGUCGAAGAAGAUGAUGGUGGUCUUUACACCUGCAGACAGUUCAAACCAGGAGAACAUGCUCAAGAUGCUCAUGUUUCUCUGUCUGUUAUUGGCUGUAAGUAUUCAUACCAGAUACUCUCAGUUCAAAAGUCCUUAUCCUCCUAA